GUUUGCACCCUAGUGGGUCACAAGACCUCAAUUCCAGAGAGGGUCCUGGCCACACCUAGAAGGAAGGAAAGCUGCCCCGAGGCCCAGAGGAAUCUGUCCCGACAGGCCGGGCCGGGCUGUCCUCCUGGUCUGCCCGCGUCAACCUGACUUUCGUGUGCGAUCCUAUUUCCAUGCUGUGUUUGCAGCCAUGGACCGUUUCCCCCAGAUCCUUGGGUCUUCAUCCUGAAGGCUGCCGUGCCUCAUAAGCUACGAUCAGAUACGUCUCUGGCGCUUUUCUCCUCUGAAUCUGCCUUUUGCCCACUGAUUUUCAGCCAGCUCCCAGAGGAUGAAGGGGAGCUUUCUGCUCGGCUCCACAGGGGAGGAGUGAGGAGGCUGCGGUGGAAGCUGCGCCGCUGAAGGACACAGGGCGGCGGGAGCAGAACCGUGUUCACACACAUGCCCAGCAGGAAUUCACUCAGACAUCUCCUCGUGUCUGCAGGCUCAGUGCCAGCACCCUCUGAUACCAACACACAGGGCCACAGGGUCACCACUCACUCCACACACACUCACCCUGUGCCCACUUACCCAGGGAGGGCCAGGAAGGAGGACACCACUGUGACUCACUGAUGGCCCCAAGACACAGGGGAGCACUGUAAAAUGCCGGAGGCGGCCCACACCCUGGGCCGUGGCUGGGGGAAAGUUCCAGAAAGGGCAUCACGGCGAUGCAUUUCAUCAGAACCGAGCACACGCAUGCGGAGGGGCAGGACUGCCUGAAUGUUCCAGCCCCGCUGUCCCACCCUCUGUGUCAAUAUGAGGCCGCCUUAUAAAGCACCAAGAGGCUGCCAGCGGGACAUUUCUCAGCCCUGCCAGCCCCUGGAAGGAAGGGGUCGGAACCCGGCACCAUGACGGAACUGGAGACAGCCAUGGGCAUGAUCAUAGAUGUCUUUUCCCGCUAUUCGAGCAGCGAGGGCAGCACGCAGACCCUGACCAAAGUGGAGCUCAAGGCGCUGAUGGAGAAGGAGCUCCCCGGCUUCCUGCAGAGUGGAAGGGACAAGGAUGCUGUGGAUAAACUGCUCCGGGACCUGGAUGCCAACGGAGAUGCCCAGGUGGACUUCAGCGAGUUCAUUGUGUUCGUGGCUGCAAUCACGUCUGCCUGUCACAAGUACUUUGAGAAGGCAGGACUCAAAUGAUGCCCUGGAGAUGCAGCUUCCUGGCAGAGGCAUGGUCCCAGGCUCCCCAAAAGCAUUUGUUGGCAAUUACUCCCCUCACCGGAGCCUGCUUGUGUCCCUCUGAUUAAUAAACGCUCAUGAAAU